AUGGCUCCACCGGUCGAGAUCUCCAUCCCGACGACGUCAACGGCCCCUGCGUCGGCUGGCACGAAGCCGUACACGCUGUACAACAUCACGCUGCGGCUGCCGUUGCGCUCGUUUGUCGUGCAGAAGCGCUACACCGAUUUUGCCAUGCUACACAGCGCGCUGACGGACCUGGUCGGCGAGGCCGCGCCUGCGCCGCUGCCGGGCAAGUCGUGGUUCCGCCGGACCGUAGACUCGCCCGAGCUGACGGAAGAGCGCCGGGUGAGCCUGGAAGCGUACCUGCGCGCAAUUGCAGAGUCGCCGGACCGCCGGUGGCGCGACACGAGCGCCUGGCGGGCCUUUCUGAACCUGCCGAGCGUCGUCAACGGAAGCGCGGGCUCGACGGCGAGCGGCGGAAACACCAACGGCAGCUCGCUCGAGUCUCGGCUGCCGGCCAUUGGCCUGACGGCUGCCAAUGCCGCCGCUGCCGGCGAUCCCGGCACCUGGCUGGACCUGCACAAGGAGAUGAAGAAGGCGCUGCACGACGCGCGACUGCAGCUGGCGCGACGCGAUGCAGCAGCGGAUGCCGUGUCUGGCUCGUCGGCGGCGGCCGGCUCGUCGUCUUACGCCGCCAUCGCUGCCGGUGCAGCCGCCAAGCGCGAGCUGGUCAAGGCCGGCAGCCUGCUGGCCGCCCUGACAACUGGGCUCAAGACGCUGCAGGAGGCCAAGCGACUCGGCGACGGCGAACUGCGGCGGCGGGCUGCCAGCAGCAAUGGCCGGGGGGCUGCCCGGGCUGGCGGCCGCGUGCUCGGAGCUCCACUGCCGGAGACGGAUCGGACACGCGAGCGCGACAACAACGGCGUCGUACAGCUGCAAAAACAGAUGAUGGCCGAGCAGGACCAGGACGUCGAGGCGCUGGCGCGGAUCGUGCAGAGACAGCGCCAGCUCGGACUCGCCAUCAAGCAGGAGGUCGACACGCAGAUCGGCAUGCUCACACAGCUGGAUGAGGACACGGAGCGCGUCAGCAACAAGGUCAGGGUGGCCAAGGAGCGCACCAGACGUCUAGGCUGA